GAGAUAGCGCAGAGAGCAGUACCUGGUACAAAGGAAAGCAGAAAAGCUAUUAAAACAGAGAAUAGAAGGCAACGACGGCGGGCGGGCGCGGAGAGGCUGUCGUGGGUGCGACGGAGAUGGCAGCAGUGUACCAAGCCUCCCGAGACAGUGUUCAAGCGUGCAUUGGACGGUCACUCGAGUCGUGGGCGCGGCGAACGACGAAGGGGUCAAGAAGCAAGCAGAAAAGGAAAAAUAUGGAGAGAGGGUUCUCGUCGGCGGCAGCGGGUGAAGAGUUGGAGUCGACGGCAGAGAGCGUGUGUCUAAGGGGGCAGCACGCUAAUGGCACUCGCACACGGACCUGGAGUGGAUGGGUCGUGCUAGCAGACAGGCCAUCGAUAAUCUUCACUCGAAGCUCACGCCAGCCAGAGCAUCGGUUCUGGUGCGUCUGCUUGCAAUUGCGCUCGCGGCCCACGACGAUUGCUGUCCUCGUCUUGUUCUGCGGUGCGCGCUGACAUGCACUGCGCUACACGCCCUCAUCUUGCGCACAGCAGGAGGGGAGCGAGGCUGCUCGCUCUCUAGCUCUGCGCGGUUGCUCGCACACCACGCUUGCGAUUGCGCCGAUCGCCUAGGCACACUGUCUAGGAACUGCAGCCUGCUCGCCCGUGGCCGCUUGGAGGGGCGUAAGACCGCCACAGCACUCAAUAGCGGCAUGGCCCAUCGGAGCAUCCUGCUGCACAAUGCGCGAGCACCAUCCCUACAUAGUAUACACCUCCACUGCGACCAUUUUCGCUGCCAUCCAGGGUCAUCCAUCCCACAGCCUGUCUCGCUGCCGCGCGCGGAGCGCAAUCCGACUGCUAGCCAGCGGCCACAGCAGAUGUUCACGCUGCUUCUCACCAAAUGGGAGGACCUCGCGCAUUCCGAGCGUGCGUUUGCGUUGCCUCGGAAUCCUGAUGCCCCGGAAGCAGCCUUGGCUUAGGGUCUAUGCACGACAACCAAGAGCUCUUGACAUCAGCCGUCGAAUUUGCGCGUUGUGUGUGUUUGUCA